ACUCGAUGCCUGCCAACAGCAACAUCGUUAAAGCAAUCAAUAAUCCAAAUCGGUUUGGUCCACAAUCGGGAGGAGGCUUGAUGAACAUGUCAGGUAUGAAUGUCGUAAACCCGACUCAACAGGUCAGCCGCCUAGGUCCUAUUAAUUCCACAUUUCCUCAGACCACGAUGCCCCAAAGGACUGUCGGGGGAAAUCCGUUGAUAGGAAGAGUCAAUGGGAGGAUUGCAUCAAAUGUGGCAUCAUGGAAUUACACCCCAG